AUGUAAUUUUUUAUGUCAAAAACAAUAUUUGAUAUAUUUAAUGCGUAAUAGCUCUGUACUUAUUCCGUUAUCAUCUAUGUUUGCUUACUGUUUCCCAUUUUAGCCGCGAUAUUUGCGGGAGGCGUUAGUGCAUGGCGAAAUUAUGAAUCAUCUUUUAUAAAAAGCUAAUGGCAAACGGAAAAACGUAAGAAACAAUAAACUUUAACAAUAAGCGCGAAUCGGCUAGUCAAAUUGGAAAUUAUCGAAAACAUAAGAUUAUCACUUUAAAAUUCUUGGCUAUGACUAAUUAAUUUUAUUACUUACGUUUUUGUAUACGCCACUAGCUUAAGAUCGGUGUUUUCAAUAUUCUCAGACAAUUUUGAAUCUUUUAAAUUGGGAUCAAUUAAUAAUUAAUGUCGAGAUGAAUGACGAAUUCGACAGAAAUUUCGAAGUUAUUGAUCGAAACGCGAUCAAUAUAGCGUCUGGCAAAGACGACGCAAUGGACAUCGAUAGCAUCGAUUUAAAUACUGAACUGUAUCGGGUCGAAAAAGAGUUAGAUUGCUGUAAACCAACAUUACAAAGCUGCCGUGAAAAGUACGAGAGCACAGAGACAGAAAUUUGCGACGUGAAGCAAUUACAGUGUAAAGCGCAAUUUGUGUUGGAUAACGUGCAACUGGAAGGGAAAGAUCUUAACGAGCGUCUCAAGAAUAUACAUGUCACCUACGAGACAUGCGUAAAAAUAUCAGGUUCUGAAGAUACGAAUGAAACAAUUCGCGCGAAGAUAAACGAGCUGACGACGCAGAGGAAAACGCUGAUGGAAGAAUUGGUACAAUUAAGAAAAACCGCAAACGAUAACGAAAAGAAACUCGCCCGCGUAAAUGCCAUGAUUACGGAUCAAGAAGAAAAGAAUUUGACGCUAUUGCAAAAUUUGCAGGAAAUAUCCGAAAGUGUCGUAUCCAUUCCGCAAGAAAUAAAGAAAAGGAUAGAUACUAUUCUGAAACAUCAGGAAAUAGAUGAAAAUAACGGUUAACACGGCGGUGUAUUUAAAAAUUUUUCAUAUGACUAAUAAUAUAAAAAAAUCUUUGUAUAAUAAUGUCUACGUAAAUCUGACGUGAUACAUAAUAAACAGAUAUUCUUCGUGAA